AUGAGCGCGUCGCUUUCCGUGCGCUGCGGCGGCGGCCGGGUCUUCCUGCUCCCGCCGUGCUGCCGGACGCCCCGACGGUCGCCAUCCGCGCCGCAUUCGUCUCGGCGCCCCCGCCUCCUCCGCGAUGCCCCCCAAGAAACAGGCUCAGGCCGGGGGCAGCAAGAAGGCGGAGCAGAAGAAGAAGGAGAAGAUCAUCGAGGACAAAACUUUUGGUCUAAAGAAUAAGAAAGGAGCAAAGCAACAGAAGUUUAUUAAGGCUGUCACUCAUCAGGUGAAAUUUGGUCAGCAGAAUCCACGUCAGGUGGCACAAAGUGAAGCUGAGAAGAAGCUGAAGAAAGAUGACAGGAAGAAAGAGCUGCAGGAGCUGAAUGAGCUGUUCAAGCCUGUAGUUGCCGCACAGAAGAUAAGUAAAGGUGCAGAUCCCAAAUCUGUGGUUUGUGCAUUCUUCAAACAAGGGCAGUGUACUAAAGGAGAUAAAUGUAAGUUCUCUCAUGACCUCACUUUGGAGAGAAAGUGUGAAAAACGAAGUGUUUACAUUGAUGCCAGAGAUGAAGAACUUGAAAAAGAUACUAUGGAUAAUUGGGAUGAGAAAAAGCUGGAAGAAGUAGUAAACAAGAAGCAUGGUGAGGCGGAAAAGAAAAAACCAAAAACUCAAAUAGUAUGCAGACAUUUCCUUGAAGCUAUUGAAAAUAACAAGUAUGGCUGGUUUUGGGUGUGUCCUGGAGGUGGCGACAACUGCAUGUAUCGUCAUGCACUUCCUCCUGGGUUUGUGUUGAAGAAAGACAAAAAGAAAGAGGAGAAAGAAGAUGAGAUUUCAUUAGAAGAUCUAAUUGAAAGAGAGCGUUCUGCCUUAGGUCCAAAUGUUACCAAAAUCACUCUAGAAUCUUUCCUUGCGUGGAAGAAAAGGAAAAGACAAGAAAAAAUUGAUAAACUUGAACAAGAUAUGGAGAGACGGAAAGCUGACUUCAAAGCAGGGAAAGCACUCGUGAUCAGUGGUCGUGAGGUGUUUGAAUUUCGUCCUGAGCUGGUUAAUGAUGAUGACGAGGAGGCAGAUGAUACCCGCUACAUUCAGGGAGCAGGUGGUGAUGAGGUUGAUGACUCUGUGGGUGUGAAUGACAUAGACGUGAGCCUGUACAUCCCGAGGGAUGUGGAAGAGACGGGUAUCACUGUAGCCAGUCUCGAAAGAUUCAGCACGUACGCUUCAGACAGAGAUGAGAACAAAUUAAGUGAAGCUUCUGGAGGCCGGGCUGAAAAUGGCGAGAGAAGUGACUUGGACGAGGACAGCGGAGUGGGGGGACAAGAGAAUGGAUCCAUCGAUGCUGUUCCCGUGGAUGAGAAUCUGUUCACUGGGGAAGAUCUGGACGAACUAGAAGAAGAAUUAAACACACUUGAUCUGGAAGAAUGACACCAAACAAGGCAAGGAAGAAAAUUAGGUCAGCUCAACAUGAUCAGCCGUAAUCGAAAUUGACUACGUUAAUUAUUUUGCCACCUAGAAUCAACAGGAUGUUUAUUUCCCGUGAUGAUUCUGGAGGGAUACUGUCCUCCACAAAGGAAUACUCUCCCUGCGUCUUCUCUUCUGACUUUGACUACAUCUCCUAGUAAGUUCAGAGUAGUU